AUGUCUGACAAUACAGAUGAUUAUUCAUACGACUACGAGUAUUUAUACAAGAUAGUGCUUAUUGGUGAUUCUGGUGUUGGUAAAUCUAACUUGUUAUCUCGUUUCACUAGGGAUGAGUUCAAUUUAGAAAGCAGGUCGACUAUUGGAGUUGAGUUUGCCACGCGUACGUUGGAGAUUGACGGCAAAAGAGUCAAGGCACAAAUCUGGGAUACAGCAGGACAAGAGAGGUAUAGAGCUAUAACUUCGGCUUAUUAUAGAGGUGCCCUUGGUGCAUUGAUUGUUUAUGAUAUUGCCAAAACCGAAAGUUACGAAAGUGUUAGCCGUUGGUUGAAAGAGUUGAGGGAGCAUGCAGAUGCAAAUAUUGUUAUUGAGUUGGUAGGCAACAAAUCCGAUUUGGAUCAUUUGCGAGCUGUGCCUACGGAAGAAGCGAGAAAUUUUGCCAUAGAAAAUAACUUGCUAUUCACAGAAGCUUCUGCAUUAAGCUCAGAUAACGUCGAUUUGAGUUUUCAUCAGUUGUUAAAGAACAUAUAUGAGAUGAUUUCAAAACACCAGUUGGAUACUAAUGAGCAAGGUGGCUUGAAGGCAGCAACCAAUGGUCCUACAAUAAGCUUGACACCAGCACCUAAAGAGAAGACUCGUGGUAAGAAUAACGGUGGAUGUUGCUAG